CGUGACUAGAGAUAAAGUUAUCAAAUCACGGCAGAGAUUCGUCACAAAAUAUAAACGAAUUUUCAAAUAGCACUUCGUUAGGUUCAACUCUUGAGCGUACGCGCUUUCUCUGUGAUUUGUCAAAAGUACAAUGGAUACGUAUGAAAGUGUAUUACUUGUGAAGUCUGAAGUAUUUGUGUUUAAAAUACCACCAAGGUCAACGAAUAGGGGUUAUCGAGCAGCUGAUUGGAAUCUGCAAGAGCCUACAUGGACUGGACGUAUGCGUCUUGUUUCUCAAGGAAACUCAAUUGCUAUCAAAUUAGAAGAUAAAGUUACUGGAGAAUUAUUUGCAAAAUGUCCAAUUGAACAAUAUCCAGGAAUUGCAGUCGAACCAGUUACAGAUUCUUCUCGUUAUUUUGUUUUAAGAAUUCAAGAUGAUUAUGGACGAUCAGCUUUCAUUGGUGUUGGAUUUCUAGAUAGAUCUGAUAGUUUUGAUUUAAAUGUUGCUCUUCAAGACCAUUUUAAAUGGCUAAGGAAUCAGGAACAAAUAGAAAAAGAAAAGGAUGAACCAAAGCAGGAAUUAGAUCUCAGAUUUAAAGAAGGAGAAACAAUAAAAAUAAACAUGAAAAUUACUAAAAAAGAUGGUACUGAAGUUGCUUCUAAAGCAAAGCAGCGUGCCAAUACAAACAUGGGCUUACCACCCCCACCAGGUGGUGUAAAAAUUGCACCACCACCUGCAAAAACUGCAUCUUCAUCUCCUGCACAUAAACCUGUUCAGAAUCAAAAUCAGACAAGUUCCGAAUGGGGAGAGUUUGCUAGUGCAGCAGAACAACCUCAAACUCAACAACCAUCAACAGUCGGAAAUGCCAGUUGGGUUCAGUUUUAACUUACAAAUUGUAUUAAAAUAUAAUAUAGCAGUGCUGUAGAAUCAUAGACUAUACAUACAUAUUUGA